AUGGAAGAAGUACGAUUCAAACACAGAAAAGCUUCAAAAAGCUCAAGUGUACUAUCAAUGUUAGCUAUUCAAAGACCAGAUAAAACAUAGUCUAGUUUACAAACAAUUGUUGGAAUAGUAAAUUCAAUGGUUGGAUCAUUAUGUUUAGUAUUACCAUUAGUAUUUUUGAAUUAUGGAGUGAUUUCUUGCACAGUGAUUAUGAUUAUAUUGGGAUUUGUUCAAUAUAAUACUUGUUCUCUUUUAAUACUUCAUCUAAAAGAUUAGGAAAUAGAUACUGAACAUAUGAUAAAAAGAAUUUUAGGUAAACCAUGGAUGCAAGCUUUCAGAUUUUGUUCUGGCACCUUAUUGUUUAUUGUUGGAAUCAUUUACUUUCAAUUAAUCAAUCUUACAUUAUACCCAAUUACAACAUACAUUUUAAGCUAUAAUGAUAUUGAGUUUGCAGAUGCAAGUGAAAAUUUUGUAUUUAAUAAGUAUUUAUUACUUUAUAAUAUUUAAGGUAUUCAAUUUAAUGGUAAGCUUUGAUAGUCUUUCUUCCACUAUCAACAUUAUUGUUAAUCAAGGAUAUUACAACAAUUGUUAAAAUAGCUCAUUAUGGAGUAAUUGCUUUAUUUGCAUAUGGAAUCUUUAUCAUUUAUAUAUUUAUAGUUAAUUUGACAAGUGAGGAUAUUUCAUAAAAAUUCCAAUAAAUAACUUUAUGGUCUUGGGAAUUUAGUUAACCUGCUGGUUAAUUUGCUUUAGCCUUUAUGAUUCAUAAUGCUAUAGGAUAAUUAAUGAAAAAUAAUGAAAAGAGAGAUAAUAAUUCUAGAGAUUUGGCUAUAGCUUAUACAAUUGCAGGAAUAAUUUAUGGCAUAGUUGGAAUAUUUGGUUCAAUUGGAAUUCUGGUAAUAACUUAAAUUAAUUUAGGGAAUUGAAAAUGUUCAUGAUGCUUAAACGAUACUUAAUUGUUUUAAGAAAUCAGAUAUAGAGAUUAUUAUAAUAGAGAGUUUAUUUUUAGUACAUUUGGUUACAGCAUUUCCAAUAUUUAAUAAUAUUAGCAAAUAUUAGAUAUUAGAAGUACUUUAUAAUAAAAAGGAACCAUCUAAAAUGGUAUAUUGGGGAUUCAGCAUUUUGUUUAUGGUUUUAUGUUUAACAAUCUAAAUUUUGAAUAUUCCAGUUGGAGUUGUAAUUUCUUUUGAUGGAGCAGUUUGUGGGUUCUUAUUAGUAUACAUAGUUCCAAUCAGUUUGCAUUUGAAAUGUUAUUACACUUAGAAUAAAGUCACUUUGAUAGGGGAUGAAGAUGAUUAAUUUAAUACUCAAUAAAAUUGUGUGAAUCAUAAGGAUAAGAAUUCGAUUCCUAUGUUUGCUAGGAUUGCAUUCUACACUUUGAUGAUGGGAAUUGGAAUAUACAAUUUAUUUGUAUAAUUUUAUGAUAUAUUUAAAUCCUGAUAUUAAAAUAAAAUUAAAAUAUUUAAUAUGCUACAAUUAAUUAGGGUAGGAAAGAGACAGUUAGUUUGUGUUCCUUCGUUUAAUUAUAAAUUAAGAAGGCCAGCCCCUAAGAUGUCAGAGUAUGAUAAAGAAAGGAUUGAAUAUAAACAUUUAAUGAAUUAGGUAGGAAAUUAAAGAUAUCAAAGUAUAGGUCAAGAAUUGUCAAGGACUUUUGGGAAGAAUAAACUAAAAUUGAAAAUUAAUAUAUAGAUGACUAUUUGGCAAAAGAAAAAGCAAAAUAAGAGAGACUUGAUAUUUAUAGAAGAAAUUAAACUGUAAUCUAAACAUUUAAUGCAACAUAAUAAUUCAAUAAGUUAUAAGACAUUAGAAGAGUUAGAAAUGAAAGAGUUAAAAAAUAUCUAGUUGAAUAAGAUAUUAAAAAAAUGAAUAGGCAAUAAAUUAUUAGAGUAUUAAAUGAAGAAUCAAAAAAUUGGAUUUCUGAUAAAAAUUCAUAUGAAAAAUUAGUUGGAAAUCUAUUAAUUCCUGAUACUGUUUUAGAUGAAAUGUCUUAUUAUCNGCUGGUUAAUUUGCUUUAGCCUUUAUGA